CUCUCUCUCUCUCUCUCUCUCUCUCUCUCAGAGUCAUCCAUGGCUGCUAUUCCCCAACCCUCUCAGCCAUCUCCUACUCAAAUUUCCAAGAUGACGACAUAUAUUAAGAAAGUAGCUGAAUCACCUGGGCUCACCUCUAUUCCUUCCAGUUACGCUUUUACCCCUAGUCCCAAUGUUCAAGCAGUUUCUGAAGACCCAGAAGACUCAAUUCCAAUCAUUGACUUCUCUCUACUCACUUCUGGUACUCCUGAUCAACGGUCCCAACUUAUCCAAGAGCUUGGCCAAGCCUGCAAGUACUGGGGCUUCUUCAAGUUGAUCAACCAUGGUGUUCCGGAGAGCUUAAUGGAGGCAAUGAUAGAAGGCAUUAGAGGAUUUUUCAAUCUGACAGACGAAGAAAAGAGAGAGUUCGAAGGGAAAAACCUUUUCGACCCAAUCAGCUGCGGAACCAGCGUCAAUACAUCAAUGGAAAAGGUUUUUUACUGGAGGGAUUAUCUCAAGGUCUUUGUACAUCCUGAGUUUCACUUCCCCAACAAACCUGCAGGAUUCAGUGAGCUUUCAUUAGAGUAUUGCGAAAGAACACGAGGACUAGCAAGGGAAUUACUUAAAGCAAUAUCAGAGAGUUUAGGGUUGGAACCCUUCUACAUUGAGAAGGUCAUGAAUUUAGAUAAAGGUUUACAAAUGUUAUAUGCAAACUUUUACCCACCCUGUCCACAGCCAGAACUUGCAAUGGGCUUGCCACCACAUUCGGACCAUGGCUUCUUGUCUCUUGUCACACACAAUGGAAUUGGUGGCUUCCAACUACAACACAAUGGGAUGUGGGUCAAUGUUAAUGCCAUUCCCAACUCCUUUCUAGUUAACAUUGCUGAUCAACUUGAGCUGUGGGCACAAGCGCCCCCCAUCGCGGAUGCUGCAGAUGUGGUUUCCUCAUAAGAAGUACACGUCGGCCUAGGAUGGACCGAGUGAAGGGUGAAAAUGGAGUCACUACCUAGAUUAGGUCUAGGAAUCAUAUGUAUGACGCCCUUAUAUGAAGGACUAAUCUUAACAGAGCAUGUAUCUGGAGUUUUGGUAUGGGGAUAAGAAGGUGUUAGGCACCCAACCCCACCUGAUCCGUAGGUUGACCUUAACUCAUUGUGUUCCAAAUCCUAAUCUCAUCAAAGGGACUUCUAAUAAGUUAUUCUAAACUCACACACACACACACACUAACAUGCAUCUAACAUCCAAACAUGGCAUAUCACAACAAGUGCAUAAGAAGCCUACCAUUUAUAUAACAUGGCAUUCACAUUCAUUUACCUAAGGGCAGCAAGUAUAUCACAAGGCAGUAGCAUUAAAUUAUCAUCAAGCACAAACCAAAUAUCACAGCGUCAUGGCAUCAAUCAAGCAUGUUCAUCAUAUUCAAGCACAGCAUCAUGGUAUUAAUCAAAUCAAAUGCAUGUUCAUGUAAUUAUGCAUGACUCACCUUACUUAUCAAUGCAUGUUCAUAGUUUGUUGAACAAGAUGUUCAUAGCCAUGCCACAUUGACAAUGACUAGACACAAUUAUUAGGCCAGCACCAGAGUUUGUUGACAAUGAAGGUCAUCCACUUGCAUGUGUUGAAAUAACGUACAAGGAUUUUUUGGAAUUGCAACAAAGUGGCAAACUUAGUUAUAAAUUCCAGUUGGAUUUUGAACAAAUUAGCAAAGGAGCCUGUGCUCGUUGAUUGCUUUAACGUAACUGAUCUCCGAAUAUAGUGUUUGAUAAUAAAA